AUGACUAGAUUUGCAAAACAUAAAAAAGAAAGAAAACCUGCUGGUGAGAAUGCAACACCAUGGGAAAAAUUAAAAGAAACAGUGACUGAAGAUGGUAAACGUAAAGAAGCAAAACGAUUAGAAAAGAAACGUAAACGUGAAUUAAAAAAGAUUUGUUUUCGAUGUCGACAAGCAGGACAUUCAAUGAAUGACUGUACAGCAGAAAUAUCUGAUGAACAAAAAAAGAAACGUGAAGUAAAAACUGGUAUUUGUUAUAAAUGUGGUUCAACAGAACAUCGAUUAAAUGCAUGUACAGUUAAAGGUGAUUCAUUUGCUUAUGCAACAUGUUUUAUAUGUGGUAAACAAGGUCAUUGGUCACGUUUAUGUCCAAAUAAUCCUAAUGGUUUAUAUCCAAAUGGUGGAUGUUGUAAUGAAUGUGGUUCUAUACAACAUUUCAAAAGAGAUUGCCCAACAUUAAUGAAAAAACAAGGAAUUGAUGAUCAAGAAUUACCUUGUCUUACUCCUACUACUCAUAAUAUCGAUGAUAAUGUCGAAGCUGUAAAAGAAAAACCUAUUAAAACAAAAAAAUCAUUAAAACGUUUAAAACUUGUUAAAUUUUAA